CACAGACAGUAGUAUCAUGUGCUCCUGUGAGAUCACAUAAAAGUUGGGUAAAGGGUUAUUUUUGUCUUUUUUCACCAAUUUUCAAAGCGUUUUGUUGAUAAACUGCAGGAUGUUAAAUGGGUCAGAUGCAACAUCAUAACUGAUCUGUUAUAUUCAAGGAGUACUUUUUCGUUUUUGUUCAUCCUGACUGUGCUGUGACAACAUGGCUAUCGCCUCACUAUCACCUGUGAAGGAAUGUUAUAUUUGCACUUCUUCUUUAAAAGACUCGGUUGUCUUAAGAUGCUGUCACAGUUUGUGUAAAAGCUGCUUACAGAGCUACUGGGAAUUCAACAAGACUCUGGGUUGUCCUGUUUGUUUGAUGGAGACUCGGUGUUCUGUGCUUCUGCAGGAUUUAAGUCUUUCUCACUUCUCAGAUGACAGCAAAAUCAAACCACAUCACGUGAGGAAUGCAAAAAUUGAGAUGAGAGAUCAGUCAAGUGAAACCAGGGUUGAGAAGGUUGAUACAGAUGUGAUGCUCUGGCAAAAUAACUCUAAAGAAGAACCUCCUGAUACAUCCACAACAACUUCUAAGUCACUGAGGUCCAAUCUGUGCUUAAAAUGUGGCAAGAGCUUCAAAAGAAAAUCUGACCUCAGAGCCCACGAGAAAGUGCACAUCUUAGCAAAGCCGCACCAGUGCUCCAUCUGUGGAAGGAGGUACGCUGGUAAACAUGAGCUUACAUUACACAUGCGUCUGCACACAGGUGAGAGGCUGUUUAACUGCUCUUACUGCAACAAAAAGUUCACCAGAAAUAGGUGUUUAAAGUCCCACUUAAGGAACCACACAGGGGAAAAGCCGUUCUCUUGUUCUCAAUGUGGGAAAAGUUUUUCUCAAAAAAGUACCCUAAAAACUCACCUGCAGCUGCAUGCUGGUAAUCUCCCUCAUCAGUGUGAUCAUUGCGGGAAGCUUUUUAACACUGCAGCUGCUAUGAGGAUCCACAAGGUGGCCCACACUGGCGCGAGGCCUUUUCCAUGUCCACAAUGUGACAAAAAGUUUAUAACAAAGAUUGAGCUAGAGACUCACAUGAAUAGCCAUUCGGGGAUCAGACCUUUCAGCUGUUCAGUGUGUAGGAAGAGUUUCCUGAGGAAGCAUGAACUUAACACUCAUCUACUCAUUCACAAGGACGACCGCCCCUUUCACUGCACGCAGUGCGAGAAAAGCUUCAAAAGGAUGAGCCAUCUAACAACACACACAAAGACCCACAGCUCUGACACCCCUUACAAGUGCACCUACUGCAACAAAUCCUUCAAACUUCCCUUCUACCUAAAACUGCAUGAGAGUAUUCACACUGGAGAGAAGCCUUACAGAUGUGAGAAGUGUGGAAAAAGCUUUCGUUUAUCAGGUGAUUGCACCAGACAUCAGGCUGUACAUUCAGAGAAAAAACGGUACAAGUGCUCAAAGUGUGAUAUGAGGUUUCGCUUUAACAGUGGGCUGAGGAGCCACAAAGUCAUUCAUUCUGAGGACAAACCUUACCAAUGUGAGAAGUGUGGAAAGAGCUUUAACAGACUCGAUACCCUAACAAAACACAAGGCGAUCCACACUGAUGAAAGACCUUACAAGUGUUUUCAAUGCGGUUUAGCCUUCAAGUCCUCAUCAAUUCUCCGUGGUCAUCAAAACAUUCACGCCAGGAAGUCCCUGUUCUCCUGCAGCACCUGUGGCAAAACCUUCACUCGCCAGGACGUCUUCAGAAGGCAUCAAGAUGUUCAUGAAGGAAAAUGCAAAUGCUCUGAGUGUGGAAAAUGCCUGAGCUCGGUUGGUAGCUUGAAGAAGCACAUGGAGCAACACUUCGGUAAGAAAAUGUUCCACUGCGCCGAGUGCGAGAAGAGUUUCCGCUCCGUGGCAUACCUGAGGAAGCACCAGAAGAUGGUGCACAUUGAUGAAAAGCCAUAUGUCUGUUUUGACAGUUUUAAUACUGAAGGAAAACUGGUUACUCACAAACUACAACAUUCAGGAGAAAUAAAGCAGGAGAUUGACUCUGAAUGUGUAAAAGAAUUCAUUUGAAGAAAUCAUCUUAAAGAAACAAUACAGCAUUAGUGGAAAUAAAAUGCAAGUAUUGUGUUUGUUUUGAUAAAAGUUGUUACUACUGAGUCACAAGAUCUACUUAUAUUCACAGGUGUAUAUAUGGACUCAAAAUUUUGCACUUUUAGAUGAUGCUUAGUGGUGGGUAAACCUGAACCUUUUGGAAAAUUUAUAGAAAAAUAGGACUCCCUGGAAUGCUUAAUUAAUAACAAUUUUGGAUGUCUACCUAAAUUGGUCUGUUUUUAAUCUGUAACCCUCUCAGUAAACUUCAUUAUAUGUAAUUAUGGUAUGAGAAUAUUGUUUCAAUAAAACUGUGACACCAUAUAUAUAAAUAUUUUGCAUGUCUUAAUGGCAACAUACCUGGCAUUGCUCUACCUUUGAU